AGCGACGGCGUCAGCAGAUAUGAAGCUGAUCAUCCUGACUACCCUCGUGGCCGCUGCCGCCGCCGGCGCCAUCGGCAACGUCGGAGGAUAUGGCGGAGCAGCCGGCUUCCCGCACGGGGGCGUCGACUACUACGCUAAGCCCGACUACAACUACGCAUACUCUGUGAAGGACCGCUACUCCGGCGUCAACACCGACGCGCAUGAGAACCGCUACGGACACCAGACCGAGGGCUCCUACGGCUCCAACCUGCCCGACGGCCGCAGGCAGGAGGUCAAGUACUGGGUCAACGGCAACUCCGGCUUCAACGCUGACGUGCAGUACUAUGGGGUGGCCGUGCACCCCAAGACUCCCAUCUACCGCCAAGGCUUCGGCCUCGGCAACGUCGGCUAUGGCAAGGGCUACGGCGGCGGCUAUAACGCCAUUGGUCAUGGCUAUAAUCCUUACGGAUACGGGCACUAGUAAAAACGUGAACCAAACGAGUAUAAGAACUUCGUGUUUGUCCUGUGUCGUAUGUUGUCACACGCCUAAAUACCAUCAUGUUUGUCCUGUGUCAUCCGUUGUAAAAGUAUGCUAUUUAUGAAAGCGUAAGUCACUGUGCACGAGUGAUGAGCAUUAUCAAUAAAACGUCAGCAGC